AUUCAAUAAGAAGUGCUGAAAAGGAAAAAAAAUAAGGGAUCAUUUGUAAAUGGGCAUUUUUUUAAAUUGUAAUUUGUUUCCAAGGAUAAAAAAACAUUCUUCAAUGGGAUCUUUUUGUUAUUAAAUUCAAUUUCUUGCUCUGUGCUUCAUAAAUGAACAUUGUAUGUUUUUGUGUGUACACAAGUAACUUAUCUGUGACAAGAGAAAACCAUAAAAUGUUGGUCCUGAAUGGGUUCAUGAACAAUUAUUCCAAUGUACUCAUGAGUAGACUGAAGUUCUGCUAGGCUGAAUGUGUUAGAUAAAAAAACAAAACACAUUAUAUUGGACAUUAUUCACUUAAAGAAAUUUUUUUGUUCACUUGCAUCCUGUUCUUGAGUUGGCAACAAUUAUAAUGUCGAGUCUUGAUGACUUCAUUGAUGGAGUGACAUCUCAGGACACCAAGAAACGCCUCCAGACUCAUGCUGACCUGAUUCCCUUCCUUAGUGACCCACACAGCUCCCUAGAAUGUCAGGAUUUUAAUGUUGACCAGCUGAUAGAGGGACUAGCUGGCUGGGUCAAGAGCAGCAACUUUAAGGUGUCUCUCAAUGGCCUUGAGGUGCUGUGUCUUAUGGUGGAUAGAAUGGGUGAGAACUUCAAACCACAUGUGACCACUGUCCUGCCUGCAGUCAUAGACAGACUGGGGGACUCUAAGGACCAAGUCCGGGACAUGGCUCAGCAGUUAUUAUUGAAACUAAUGAUGCCAGCCUCAACACCUCAGUAUGUCUUUGAUAGACUUGGGCCUGCAUUUUCUCAUAAAUUAUGGCAUGUUAAAGAAGGAAUAUUACUUACACUACAGAAUACUAUCAACAGAUAUGGUGCUAGAUGUUUACUGUUGUCCAAGAUUGUACCAGACAUAUGUAAAUUAUUGGAUGAUCCAAGCCCACAGGUGAGAGAGGCAGCAACAAAUGCAUUAGUUGAAAUAUAUCGCCAUGUCGGUGAGAAGGUCAGGCAUGACUUGAAGAAAAUAGGAUUAUCUCAACAAAGGAUGAAUGUGUUAAAUUCAAAGUUUGAAGAACUGAAAUUGUCAGGGAAUAUGUUACCUACAGCAGAUGUUGCUCCAUCCCGCAGCAGUUCACACAAUGAUGAACCAGAGUUUGACUUUAUUAAACCCACUUCAGGGAAACCGGUGCAGAGAAAGCACAGUUCAGCGUCCAGCGGCGGGCCGAGGCGGAUAUCAUCUUCCACAUCUGAAACAAAAAGGAAAAGAUCUGCAUCAGCAGGCGGUUCAGGAGCUGUGGAUGAGGAACUUUUCAUUAAAUCAUUUGAAGAUGUCUCUCCAGUUAAGAUAUUUUCUUCAAGAGAUGUCCAAGAACAGAUGAUGAAGAUCAAAGAUGCAUUGAAUGAUGUCAACCUGACCUGGGAGAAAAGAAUAGAUCAUAUCAAGUUGUUAAGAUCUCUGUUGAUGGCUGGGGCAGCAGACUAUGAUGAUUUCUUCCAGUCAUUGCGGACACUAGAGUCAGCUUUCAUCCUUGUAGUCAAGGACUUAAGAUCACAAGUUGUCAGAGAAGGGUGUGUCACAAUUGCAUACUUAUCACAGCAACUAGGCACCAAGUUUGAUCACUUUGCUGAAUCUGUUUUGCCUUCACUCAUGAACCUCAUUCCCAACAGUGCCAAAGUUAUGUCCACCUCUGGCAUAGUCUGUAUUAGAUUUAUUAUGCAGUUUGUCCACACAAGUCGACUCAUUCCAAUCAUCACAAGCAAUCUGACUUCUAAGUCUAAUGUUAUUAGAAGGUAUUCCCUAGAGUUUGUCAACCAAAUUUUACACUCCUGGCCCACCCACUGCUUAGAGAAACAUAUAGCUUUACUUCAAGAUGCUAUCAAACGAGGCAUCAAUGAUGCUGACUCCGAGGCUAGAGCUCACUCCAGAAAGGCAUUCUGGGGUUUUGCUGAUCACUUCAAAUCUCAGGCUGAUGCUCUGUUACUUUCACUGGAUCCUUCCAAGCAAAAAAUGUUGCAAGGGGAGGUAAGCAAUUCAUCUUCUAGCUCCAGCCUCAAUGGGGAUAUCAAGCCAAGAUCAAGGUCACGUGCAGCUAGUGAAGAGAGGUCAGGGUAUGGUUAUAGCCCUGGAAUAGCUAUGGGUGUAUCUGGCAUGCCACAGAGGAUUAGCUCAUCCAAGAGUGAUGCAGGAGAUGCUGAUGUGGAUAGCGACAUAGAUCCUAAAACCCGCAAAGAUGUAAACAUCAUUACGCCCCGCGCCCGUACGUAUUCCAACACCAGCAAUGGAAGUAGCGGCUAUUAUACCAAUCACAACCAGUACUACAACACCAUUGGCCACAAUAGGCACAGGGUGGCCUCCUCUGCUGGGGUAACCUUGGGUACACCCACAUCGGCAGGGCAGUCUGCUGCCCUUCUGCGUUCUUCCAGUGCCACAGAUGUGAACAACAUGAAGACACCCAAGCCAAGAGCCACGUUGCUGUCAGCAGCACGAAUGGCCAAAGGAUCCACCAACUCACUGCCGCGGCAAAAAUCUAGCACCUCUUCAGUUAGCUCAGCCUAUGACUUCCUUACACCUGAGCGCAGUCAGCCUAGCAAAUCUCGGAUAGGUGUCUCUCAAUCACAGCGAAGAUCCUCUUUUUCAGUGUCCUCAUCAUCUGAUAUUUUGUUGAGAGUUCAGUUUAAUAGCAAUGCAAACAGUCGGUCAAAUUCACCAUCUUCAGCAAGACGACAGCUAGCCUACGCCAAGCAGACUCCUGCUAGAGUAGACACUGGCCUAGGUCCCAAAAGAACCAGAAUUCCAGGAUCACACAGUACAGGCACUAGCAGAGAGGCUAGUCCAGCCAGGAGUUUUAAAGGUCAAGAGAGAAGGUUGAGUGGAAGCAGUAAACUCAGUAGCAGUGGAAGGAAAACGCCAGUUUUAUCCCAGAAAACUUUACGGCAAGGUCCUGAAAUUGAGGAUGCAUUACAAGAUGCUUUGUCCAAAUCUUCACGCAAGCGUUAUGAUCAGUACGACUCAGAUGAUGCAGCAAGUGAAACAUCUAGCGUAUGUUCAGAAAGAUCCCACAGUUCUUAUGGAGGCAGGACGUCAGAGCCUUCUACUAAGGAAAGGACUAACCAGAAGACAAGGGGGAGAACCAGGUCCUUUACUUCAGGCUAUGGAGUCACAGAGGAUAUGCACUCCAUCCUAGCACAAUUGGGCAGCUCAUCGCAUUUAGACAGAAAAGAUGGUCUUUUAUCAUUACAGCAUUUAUUACGUAGCAAUAGAAGUCUUAGUCGUGUUGAACUGAAGAAAGUCUCUGAAAUGUUCACACGAAUGUUCCAUGACCCACAUAGUAAGGUGUUCUCAGUGUUUUUGGACACAUUGAUAGAACUUGUCUACCUCCAGAGUGGAGAGCUGGGGGACUGGUUGCACAUUUUGUUACCUCGGUUACUGACCAAAGCUGGCGGAGAGAUGUUGGGCUCAGUGGCCAACAAAGUACAAAAAGCUUUAGAUGUCAUUAGAGAUUGUUUCCCAUUUGAUCACCAAUUUAAUACAUUGUCCAAGUUUAUUAUUGACCAGUCACAAGGACCAAAUUUAAAGGUGAGAGUGUCAGUACUGAACUACCUACACAGUCUCAUUAUCAGCAUGGACCCUUCAGACUUUGUCAAUACAAUGGAUGCUAGACUAGCUGUGUCUAAAGUCAUCAGUUGGACCAUGGAACCAAGAAAUGCUGAUGUCAGGAAGGCUUCCCAAUCUGUACUGAUAGCAUUAUUUAACCUGAACCCAGCAGAGUUUUCUCUCUUAUUGUCAGAACUUCCCAAAACAUUCCAGGAUGGAGCCACCAGAAUACUUCAUAGUCACAUCAGGGCUGCCAAUGAGAGCACUAGUGAUGUUCUUUCUCCACGCAAUGUGGCCAGUCCUCAGGGUCAAAACAGGUCAAGGCCACCCUCAAGAACAAGUCAAGGUCAUCCUGAUGACUUUGAAACAGAGAACCUCAAUCCUGAAGACAUCUUUAACUCCAUUAAAAAGACUUCUGCAGACAUUCAGAGUUUAAGUAUAAACAGUAAACUAGAACCCUAUGAUGAUGUGAAGAAAGAAUUUACAUCCCAAGAUUCUGGGAUUCAAGAUCUUCGAAUGGACAGUCCAGAUGGAUUGGACCACAAAAGGGCUUUCUUUAAUUAUUCUCAGAAAUCAGCUGGUGUCAUUGGUAGUGCUACAACAACAUUACCUGGAGGUUUUUAUAACAAACAUGAAGCAGACAUGUCUAGAGAAGAAGUGGGGAAAAUUUUAUGUGAUAUUCGAGAGGAAUUAGCCAAUCAGAAUGAAAGAGUGGAGCAACGGAAGAAUGCCAUGUUGUGUCUCCAGAACUUGGUUGACAAAGGCUGUGUCACUAAAGAUCUCCUGGAAGAACACUUCAAAUCUCUCUUGUCACUCCUCUUAGAGACAUUAGGAGAUCAGAAUGGUGAUGUUAAAGUUCUGGCUUUGAAAUGCCUGCAGAAAAUGUUACAACAGUUCCCCAAGUACUUUGAAAGUUUUGCUGAGCUGACUAUACUGCGAGUAUUGGAACUACAUAAAGAUGAUACUUACAGAGAUUACACUGUAAGGACUGACAUCAAAGUCCCCUAUGCUGCCUCAGAAGUAGAGGACACUCUAGUGCAAGCCUUACCUCCUGAGCAGAAUUUUAGGAUCCUAACUCCCAUAAUACAGAAGAUGGAGUAUCAUAUGGCUUGUGGGGCCAUACAGAUGAUGACCAAGGUUGUUGAGAAAAUGCCUAAAGAUGUUUUAGAAGCUUCCCUACCCCAUUUAAUCCCAGGUUUAUUUAAGAACUUUGAACACAAGGAAUCCCCAGUCAGGAAAGCUAGUUGCUUCUGUCUGGUGGCUAUAUACCUGAGGGUGGAGGAAGCCAUGAGACCAUUUAUGGAAACCUUAAAUAGUCAUAGGAUGAAACUCUUAAAUUUAUAUAUCAAGAAACGCAAGCAAGAAGAAGGGAAAUAGCAUUAGAUCUAGAGACUUAGUUUUUUUAAAUUGUAAACCAAGAUCAACUUUGUGCAAACAACAUCAAAUAUUUGGAUUAACAUUUUGUUUAGAAAGCAAUUGAAACUCUAGUGGGGCAUGUGUUCCAAGUGUCUGUGAGUUGGAUGCAAACAACAAAACUAUUUGUAUGUGUUAUAGUACACAGUACAUGUGUAGUAGAUGUGCUGUAGUACUACACAGGCAGACUAUUACUAGUUAAUGUUAUCUAUUUUAUCAACUGUGUUACAUAAAUACUGUGAGUGUGACAUCUAUACCCAAACACUGUAGCUAGACACGUGGCUGCUAGAACCUGAGAUCUGAUGAGCCUCAUCUGAGUUAUUUGAAACAACCCUGGAAACAUUUAGCUUUACCUCCACUGUAAAUGUGUUUUUUAUUUUGACACCAAGAUGCAGAUUUAACUUGCUUGAAAUGGACUGAGCGCUAUAUCAUUAUGGUCAAGUAGUAACUGGUCUACAUUAGAACUUAAUUGUGGAUUGGGUUACUUAGUAGGUACUUUUAAAUAAUAAUAGGUACAGUUUUUGUUUUCAUUAUUUAGAAAUAUUUAUUAUAAUAGGACAAUAUGUCUAGUUAGUAUUACAAAUAAAUGAAUAGUUAGAUAAUGAUUUAAUUAGUGAAGUUUGAAGUUGCUUUUACUUUUUACUGACAUCCUCCCCUACACCUCUGCCAAGAUCAUUUCAAAUUGUUUUCAUAUUUAAAUGAUCUGCUCUCUCUCUCUUCCUUUAUCCUCACCAAUAGGAUUCAUUCACUAUUUUACAAGUAGUACAGAGCUGUAGGAUAAGACGUCCCCCAGCACAAUAGUUUUUUAUAUUUAUUUCAAUAAUAUAUAUUUCUAGUAGACCACUGUAUCAUUUUUAUACAAUCUUACUUUAUCAUAGUCAUGUUCCAUCAUUGUUAAGUGAUCAGAGAGAGGGGUGAUCUAAACCAGUCAAGGGAUUUUCUGGAUGCUUCUAGUUGUUACUUUAAUGAUGUCACACAAUCAGGUUUUUCCUGAGUUUAGCUUUAAAUGAUCCAUAUUGAACUCUUUGAUGCAAGGUUUCUAGUCUGUGUGGCUUUGAUACAAAAUGUAUGAUUAAUUGUUUGACUCAGAUAUUACAUGUAUGCUAGUUGAUUUGGAGAUUAUUCCAUCUUUGGUGCUUUGUGUGGUUGAAGGACUAUUUGUGCUAUUGUAUGCUUGUUAUAUAUUUGAAAAACAACAAUCUUCUCAUAGCUACUUGAACUAAUGAACAAAUUGGUUUAGGAACACCAGAACAUUAUCAAUGUAUGUGUCAUUUUGUUCAAGGGUAAAACAAUCCAGUCUGAACUCAUUUUGUUUGUGUUCCAUUGACUCGCAAUGUAUAAAGUACUAAAUAAGUUUGGUCCUGACACUAUGUUAUAGACGUACCAGCUGAUCCUUGCCCGAUUGGCUUAUUGCUGUUGUAGUUGGCCAAAGUGUUUAGCUGCAAACAUUAUUUGGCUUUAGUUCUCCACCUUGUAAAAACAUUGUUUGGCUUCAGUCCUCCAGUUUGUCAUAUCCUACUUUCUGGUCCUACUUAUUUGUCCCAUCUGUAUUUUGUUUGUUUUAUGUUGCCCAGUGCCUCAUGAAAUGUUUAUUUCUUUCAACUGGUUUAUAGACUAUCUGGUUCUUUGUAUUUGUAGCAACAUUCAUGAACCAGUUUAUGUACAUGUGUGUGUGUGAUUAUAGAUGCAUAUAGAAAUAGGGAGAAGUGAGACUCAAUGGCAGGGCUGAGGUGACUCCAACCACAUUUUAGGGUGCCAGGUCUAACAGUUAGCUCCUAUGAUACACAGUAGAUGAGUUACACACUGCACGCUAAAGUGUCCAUACAACUGGAGUGGUUAAUGGACACCUAGAAGGAUCUAAUUGAUCUAUAAAAACAUGUGUUUCCAAAUUGUUUUUAUUUUAAAAUGUUUCAAACAAAAUGAACAUUUUUUAACAAAAUAUAAAAUUCAAGUCAAACAAUGGACUAACUAUUGUAUUAAUAGAACUUUUUUUUUAGUUCAUUGCACAACACAAGAAUAUAUGCAUAGUUGUAUAUUUUGUGGUAUGGUUUUAUUUGGUAUUACUUUGAAAUAAUCAAGCUAGUCUUGUAGACACUGUGUGACUGGACUUGUGUGUGGACCUGACUGAGAGAGUGGACAACAUUUUAUUGCUUUGUGUCUUUAUGUUUUCUUAACCUGGCGCUAACAUGUGUGUCUUUUCUUGUGCAUGAAAUAAAACAUUUUGUAAAUAGUUCAAUUAAAACUUGUACAAAUUGACAA